AUGGUGGCUCUUUUGAUCGACGGCAAGGCAAUUGCCAAAACUAUCCGCGAUGAGAUUGCCCAGGAAAUAGGCAGCCUGAACGCUGAGAGCCAGCCCGCAACUUUUAAACCAAGUCUAGCGAUUUUCCAAGUUGGCAGUCGUCCAGACUCUUCGACUUAUGUGAGAAUGAAACGCAAGGCUGCAGAAGAAGCCGGAAUUCAUGUCGAAUUUGUCCAUCUGGAUGAGAACAUCGCCGAGGCCGAGCUUUUGGCUCACGUUCAAGAGAAGAACGUGGACAGCAACAUUCACGGCAUUUUGGUGCAACUGCCGCUACCAAAGCACAUCGAUGAGGAUAAAAUCACUUCUGCAGUGGAAGCUCGUAAAGACGUGGACGGUUUUGGCCCUCACAACAUCGGGGAACUCAACAAGAGAAACGGAAAGCCCUUUUUUCAUCCGUGUACCCCUCAAGGCAUUAUUGAGCUCCUGGAAAGGUCCAAUGUUGCUAUUUCUGGUGCUAAAGCCCUAGUGAUCGGAAGAUCUGACAUUGUGGGUGCUCCGGUGGCAGAACUUCUCAAAUCGAAAGACGCCACUGUCACAGUGGUCCAUUCGAAAUCUAAAGAUAUUUCCUCAUACGUGGCCACCGCUAAUAUUGUCGUUGUUGCUAUUGGUCAACCAGAGUUUGUAAAAGGUGAGUGGUUCAAGGGUAAUGACCAGUGUGUUGUUAUCGACGUCGGGACGAAUUAUGUGGACGAUUCUUCGAAGAAGAGCGGUUACAGAUGCGUCGGCGACGUUGAAUUUGACGCUACUCGCCAGUAUGUCAAAUUGCUUACUCCUGUCCCCGGUGGUGUCGGGCCCAUGACCGUAGCAAUGCUGAUGAAAAACGUUUUUAUUGCUGCAAAGCGCUUUCUUGGUACUGACGACACAGUAGCUUUCGAACCAUUGCCUUUGAGUUUACAGAAACCAGUUCCAUCCGAUUUCGAAAUUUCAAGAGCCCAAAAGCCAAAGGAAAUCACUCAAGUUGCAUCUGAGGCUGGCAUCUUGCCUACCGAACUGGAACCUUACGGGUCAACCAAAGCCAAAGUCAAGUUGGAUAUUCUUGACCGUUUGGCCUCAAGAAAAAAUGGUAAGUAUAUUUUGGUGGCGGGCAUCACACCGACGCCCUUGGGGGAAGGUAAGUCCACGACUACAGUUGGUUUGGCCCAAGCUCUUGGUGCUCAUUUAAAGAAAACCGUUUUUGCCAAUGUCCGUCAACCAUCAAUGGGUCCAACAUUUGGUAUAAAGGGAGGUGCUGCUGGUGGUGGUUAUUCUCAGGUUAUUCCUAUGGACGAGUUCAACUUGCAUGUCACUGGUGACAUUCACGCUAUUUCUAUGGCUAACAACCUGUUGGCAGCUGCAAUUGACACACGAAUGUUCCACGAACAAACUCAAAAGGAUGCUGCUCUUUACAAAAGACUAGUACCAAGUAAGCGUGGUGUUAGAAAAUUUUCUCCCACUAUGUUAAGGAGAUUGAAGAAACUUGGUAUUCACAAGGACGAUCCAAAUGAUUUGACGCCAGAGGAAAUCACAAACUUUGCCCGCUUGGACAUUGACCCGGAAACUAUUACUUGGAGAAGAGUCGUAGAUUGCAACGACAGAUUUUUGAGAGGCAUCACCAUUGGUGAGGCGCCAACAGAGCGUGGCUUCACCAGAAACACCGGUUUCGAUAUCUCCGUGGCUUCAGAAUGUAUGGCUGUCCUUGCCUUGGCCAAUUCAUUGUCCGAUAUGAGAGAACGGCUGGGCCGCAUCGUUAUUGGUGCCUCAAGGGCCGGUGUCCCCAUAACGUGUGAAGAUAUUGGUUGCGCCGGUGCAAUGACAGCUUUGCUGAAGGAUGCCAUUAAACCAAAUAUCAUGCAAACGUUGGAGGGCACCCCAGUGUUUGUGCAUGCUGGUCCAUUUGCUAACAUUUCGAUUGGCGCAAACUCCGCUAUAGCUGAUAAAAUUGCUUUAAAACUUGCAGGCGUCGAGCCUGGCGCUUCUGAGGAGAUCGCAAAGGAGAAACAAGGUUAUGUAGUUACCGAAGCCGGUUUCGAUUUCACAAUGGGCGGUGAACGUUUCUUGAAUAUCAAGUGUCGUUCAUCAGGUUUGGUUCCAGAUGCUGUAGUUAUCGUUGCUACUAUCCGGGCGUUGAAAGUUCAUGGUGGCGGUCCUGACGUGAAGGCAGGUGCUCCACUGCCCGCUGAAUACUUGAAUGAAAAUACCGAGCUUCUCAGAAAGGGAUGUGCCAACCUCGCCAAACACAUUUCCAAUGUAAGGGCCUACAAUCUUCCAGUGGUUAUUGCUAUCAACAGAAUGUCUUCAGACACUGACCGCGAACAUGAAAUUGUUAAGGAGGAGGCUUUGAAGGCAGGUGCCCUUGACGCUAUUGUUUCAAACCAUUGGGAGGAAGGUGGCAGAGGUGCGGUUACUCUUGCGGAAGGUGUCGUAAAGGCCUGUGAGCAACCAAAUGACGACUUCACAUUUCUUUACGAGACGGAGGGUUUAUCUGUGGAAAACAAAAUUGGGGCCAUCGCCAAGCAAAUGUAUGGCGCAGGCUCUGUAGAAUUCUCACCUGAAGCACAGAGGAAGAUCGAUUUGUACACCAAGCAAGGAUUUGGAAAUUUGCCAAUCUGUAUCGCGAAAACCCAAUAUUCGUUGUCUCACGACGCAAACUUAAAGGGGGUCCCUACUGGGUUCUCUUUCCCAAUCCGUGACGUCCGUGCGUCCGUCGGUGCUGGUUACUUGUACGCGCUAGCCGCCGAAAUUCAAACCAUCCCAGGGUUGCCAACCCACUGUGGAUUCAUGAACGUAGAAGUCAACGACAAUGGUGAAAUCGAAGGUAUGUUUUAA